AUGGCAGACAACACGGGCUCAGGUUCGGGAAGCGGUGCUGGGACUGGAACCGGGCCUCCGAGACAGCGGCGCCAGAGAACACGGACUGGGUGUUUAAAGUGUCGGAUCCGGCGACGAAAAUGCGACGAGAGAAAGCCGAGGUGUCAGCGCUGCAUCGACGGGGACUUCGAGUGUCAGUACGGCUCCCGACUGACGUUCUUGGACAAGAAUGCGUUGACCGUCUCGCCGGCUCCGGACGCGGGUGAUGCAUCGACGCCGAGAUACUCCAAGCUGCAGUUUGUCGACCCGGCAUCUCCAAAUCAAACCGCAAAACCUUCAUCACCGCCCUCCCCUGUGUCCCAAGACCCUCCAAACCCAUCCAUCACAACAAACGCAGCCGACAUACCCGCCUGUUUAUCGCCCUCGCAGACACCGGCGCCACCAGUCUCAACCUUUCAAAUCGACCCUCAACUCUCAGACCCUCCCGUUCUGGAACUCCAGCACCUAGAGCCACGCUUGGCACCAACCCCCUUUCACCACCCGCUGCCGCUCACGCAAUGGCGAUCCCAGAGCAUCUGCCACGAGAGCCUAGCAUCACCAGCGGGCAAGUUCCACAUUACGGACAAGCCGCCAGGCAUAUCGGCGAGCAACGACGCGGCAUACGAGACCGCGCUCAACGCUUUGCUCUCUCCGGGGAACGAGGGCACAGACUUGGACUUGUUGCCGAGCCACGGCUCCGAGUCGCACGCCGUGGCCGGCGACGGGUUCCGUUUGAGCCCGCAGGAGCUGAUAUCCGCGUCGCCCAACUUGGCCGGGGAGAGGAGGACACCCCCGGCGAUGCUCCCUUUGACGGCGGCCAGCAUUUCCCCAGAUCGGCUGCUGCAGCUGUUACGCCACUUUAGAUACCAGGUUGCGCCAUGGCUCGACUUGUGCGACAUGAGCCAGACGUUCGGCCUCCAUGUCCCUCGACUCGCGAUCGAGAACGAGGGGGUUCUCCAUUCACUUUUGGCUGUGGCAGCCGUUGCGCAACAGGCGGACGCGAGCAGCACGGCGCUCAGCGAUGUCGAGCACCUUAAGUCCCUUGCUGGUGCGAGGCCAAUGCAUCCAGAAGGCGGAGUCAGCAUGAGUGACGGCGAUCUGGUACAUCUGGCUCUUUGGACUGCAUGCCAGUUCACCUCGAGCGUCCCGGACGAAUGGCAGGAUCUGCUUGGGAUCACGGACGACAACUUCUGGAGUGGGGUGCUCGCUGAAGUGACUCCAAAGACUAUCGUGAUUCUGUCUGUAUUGAUACGGCUCGAGCUCGCGGCGGCGCUCGUGACCGGCGCCCCGAUCUCCGUCCCGGAGCGGCUACACUACGGCGCCAUGUCCCAGCCGUGGGAUUCCUCCCCGAUCGCCGAGACCAUGUUCCGAUGCACUGUCGAGCCGCUCCUCCUCUGCGCCCAGGUCGUCAACUUCUGCGCGAGCGCCUCCCGCCCGCACACCGCCGUCGGCCCCGGCACCCGCCCGACCCCCGUCCACCGCUGGACGGUGCUCAGCGACGCCCUCGGCGCCUGGUACGCCAACCGGGCCCAGGAGUUCUGGCCCAUGGCCGAGAUGGACGGCGAGGAGAGCCUGUUCCCCGUCAUCCUGUUCACCAACGGCGCCGCCGUCUUCGCGAACCAGCUGUACCACACCGCCAUGCUCCUGCUGCUGCGGAACAAGCCGCGCGUGCUGCAGACAGCGGCGGCGGCGGCGAAGAAGCCGUCGGCGGCCGCGCCGUUGUCGUCGCCGCUGUGGCACGCCCAGCGCGUGUGCGGCAUCGCGCUGAACAACGACCGGCGGGACAGCUGGGACCUCUGCCUGGUCGCGUCGCUGUACCUUGCCGCGCAAAGGAUGACGUACGAGCCGCAGCAGAGGGCCGUCUUGGAGUGUUUCGAGCGCGUCGGGGCGCUGACGGGGUGGCACGUCGACGGGUUCUCGGCCAAGGCCCGCGAGGACUGGGGGCUGAUGUAG